AUGCAAAACUUUUAUCAAGAAAUGCCUGAACCUUAUAUGCGUAUGAUACGAAAACUACCAGAAAUGACUGAAGCUGUUUGGAGAUGGGAUUGUUCACUUUAUGAUACUAUGAUUCUUACUUUUUUGCCUACUGUACAUCAUCCAUUACCACCCGAAACAAUUCGAUCUUUAAGAACUUAUACAAGAGAACUAAAGGAAUACCUUGAAACUUGUUUAACUCGUUUCCCCCCAUCUUUCUUCCAAAAGAAAUCUGAUGUGGCACGUAUUUUUGCUGCUAAAUUCCGUAGACAACUUUCGCUUAACUUUGCUGCACAGACUGCAUCUUCUGUAUUAAAUUCACCAGAUUGUAUAUCGGUCAUGAUUCAAGAUUGGAAUAAUUUUGAUGUCGAUAGUAUUUUAGAUCAAACUUUAUGGGUUUGUGAUUGUGAUACGACUGAGAUCAGACAUAUUUGUAAGGCAAAAAAGAAAAAAAAAAAAAGCUUAAUUUUAAAUAUGUAUAGCUUAAUGAUUUCUUUGAUUUUUUUUUUAUAG